AUGGCUCCGCGCUUCACCCUGCUGCUGCUGCUGCUGAGCGUGUGCCGGCCGGCGGUGGGUCUGCUCUACCCGCGCGCCUCCGAGUCUCGUGACCUGGUCUCGCUGGACGGCAUGUGGAAGUUCCGCGUCUCGCCGCCAAGCGACCCAGAUGUCGGCUUUCGCGACCGCUGGUACAGCCGUCGCCUGGAGGCGUCCGGCGACGUCAUCGACAUGCCGGUGCCCUGCAGCUUCAACGACAUCACCACGGAGCGCGCGGUGCGUGACUACGUGGGCUGGGCGUGGUACGACCGCGGCUUGUACGUGCCCAGCGCCUGGAAGGACCGCCGCGUGGUGCUCCGCUUCGGCAGCGUUAAUUACAUCGCCGUAGUCUGGGUGAACGGGGAGGUGGCCGGCUCGCACGAGGGCGGACACCUGCCGUUCGAGCUCGAGGUGGGCACGCUGCUCGACCUGUCCGGCGGCUUCAACUGGGUCACCGUCGCGGUGAACAACACGCUGGACCUGGAGACCAUACCGCAAGGCCAUAUCACGUUCAAGACGGACGAGGAGCGCUACCCACCCGGCUACUUCGAGCAGACGUACAACUUCGAGUACUUCCACUACGCCGGCAUCCACCGCUCGGUGCAGCUGUACACGACGCCGCGCACCGUGUUCAUCAACGACAUCUUCAUCACGACUAACUUUAGCGCCGGUACUGGGCCUCAGCCGACCGCCUUCGUCAGCUACGAGGUGGACGUGGUGCGCACCGACGACAAGCUGUACGAGCCGGGCCUGGUCCGCGUGCUGGACGGACUCGGUGGCGUGGUCGCCACGACCGUGCUCGUGCUGUUGCCGGAGCACGGGCGCGUGCGCGGCAUGGUGACGAUCCCGAACGCCACGCUCUGGUGGCCGGUGGGCAUGGGGGAGCCGGCCGGCCACCUCUACUCGCUGGAGGUGGUACAGAUGACGCGCCAGCGCGGCAUCCGCGGCGCCGACGAGCUCGAUGUAUACAGGGAGCCGUUCGGCGUGCGCACCGUCGCCUGGGAUGCCGACCGGCUCUACGUCAACGAGCAGCCCUUCUAUUUCCGCGGCUUCGGCAAGCACGAGGACGCAAACAUCGUGGGCCGCGGCCUGAGCCUGCCGCUGAUCGCGCGCGACAUCAACCUACUCCUCUGGAGCGGCGCCAACUCGUUCCGCACCUCGCACUACCCGUACGCCGAGGAGCUGCUCGACCGCACCGACGCCGCCGGCAUCGUCGUCAUCGACGAGAGCCCGGCCAUCGGCCUGGAGGGCUUCGGCCCGACGCUGCUGGCCAAACACCAGCGCGUGAUGACCGAGCUGGUGGGCCGCGACAAGAACCGGCCGUCCGUGGUCGUCUGGUCGCUUGGCAACGAGCCCCAGUCGGACCAGAAAGCGGCCGGCCCGUACUUCCAGACGGUGUACAACCACACGCGCGCCCUGGACCCGACACGCGCCAUCACCACCGUGGUGUCUGUGGCUCACGACGCCGACCUCGCCUCGGCCUCCAUGGACGUGAUAUGCAUCAACCGCUACUUCGCCUGGUACCAGGACAGCGGCCGCACCGAGCUGAUCGAGCGGCAGAUCGUGGCCGAGGCGCUCGCGUGGCGGCGCACCUUCGGCAAGCCGCUCAUCGUCAGCGAGUACGGCGCCGGCAGCGUCGCCGGCCUGCGCGACCUGCCGGCCUUCAUCUGGACCGAGGACUACCAGGCCGAGUUCCUGCGCCAGUACUUCCGCGGCUUCGACCGGUUGCGUGCCUCGCCUUGGUUCGCCGGCGAGAUGGUCUGGAACUUCGCCGACUUCGCCGUGCCACAGGAGUACAUCAGGCCGCAGUUCUGCAGCAAGGGCGUGUUCACGCGCGACCGAAAGCCCAAGCUGGCCGCCUACGUGCUGCGCGAGCGGUACAUGGCCAUGGUGCCCUGA